AAGAGUUGAGUGCUCAGCAGGGUGCAGCUGUCCCGUUAUGACUGGCCACCACAGUUGGGGAUAUGGGCAGGAUGACGGUAGGACCUGCGGAGUGGCACAAGUCUUAUCCCAUUGCCCAAGGGAACCGUCAAUCACCCAUUGAUAUAAUUUCUGCAAAAGCAGUCUAUGACCCUAAGCUGAUGCCGCUUGUUAUCUCCUAUGAGUCCUGUACAUCUCUCAACAUCUCCAACAACGGCCAUUCAGUUAUGGUUGAGUUUGAAGACAUUGAUGACAAGACAGUGAUCAGCGGUGGUCCCUUUGAGAGUCCCUUUCGGCUAAAGCAGUUCCACUUUCACUGGGGGGCAAAGCACAGUGAGGGAUCAGAGCAUACAAUUGAUGGCAAACCUUUUCCAUGUGAGCUCCACUUAGUUCACUGGAAUGCCAAGAAGUAUGCAACAUUUGGAGAAGCAGCAGCAGCUCCAGAUGGCUUGGCUGUAGUUGGUGUUUUCUUGGAGAUUGGAAAAGAACAUGCCAAUAUGAACAGACUCACUGACGCUUUGUACAUGGUAAAAUUUAAAGGGACAAAAGCUCAAUUUAGAAGCUUCAACCCCAAAUGUCUCCUGCCUUUGAGUCUAGAUUAUUGGACGUACCUUGGAUCUUUGACGACACCACCCCUUAAUGAGAGUGUAAUAUGGGUAGUGCUGAAAGAACCCAUCAGUAUUUCUGAGAAGCAGCUGGAGAAGUUCCGCAUGCUUCUCUUCACCAGCGAGGAAGACCAGAAGGUGCAGAUGGUAAAUAACUUCCGCCCCCCUCAGCCACUUAAGGGGAGAACAGUUCGAGCUUCCUUCAAGGCCUGAAGAAAACUGAUGACGGCCCUGGGAUAUCUAAAAGCUUCCACACAAGUGACCAUAAAUCUGGUGUUUAGAUCACUCAUGGAGCAUGCAAGAUAGCCAUUUCCAAGAACACUCUGUACUUGAAGGAGGACAAACAUUUUCUGAUGCUGUGUUUUAUUUGAAUCACUCAAUUUUAACACGAUCUUAGAUCUUUUUAACUAGAACUCCUUUUAGUGCAAAGGAUAGAUAGUGAUCUGGAUCAUUGUCUUAGAGUUAAGAGGAAACUGAAAUCCUACUUAAUAUAAGAUGGGAAAUAGGUGGUAAUUAUUAGUGUUGAUGAUUAAUUCUUCUGAUUGUCUAAUAUGUGAUGAAACAACAGUUGAAAUUUGGAUAAACUGGACUUAUAUUUUUCUUAGAUUUUUCUUAUUAGUGUUUGCUGAGCUCCCUCUGACUUAGAAGAUUUUCACUAUCUUUGCUGUCUAUUGACACAAAGUGGGCUAGCAGUACUCAAAAAAGGCUCUGUAUUCACUUUGUGAAGGCACUGAUAUGAAAACUAUGUAUUUCAAAAUUACUGUUCUAAGAUACUAUUGUACAACUGUUUUCAAAUAUGUAAAUGCUCCGUGAUCCAAAACAGGCCAUGUUGUUUAUUGCACAAGACUGUUUAAACAUAAAUUAUUUUAGCCUAUGCAACAUACAUAAUUAUAACUCCCUCAUUAAGUUUGUUGAGAAGGUGCAUCUGUAGCAAUUCAGGUAUGUACUUGUGGCUAUCUAAAUUGUUCAAAUUCUACCUCAGUUAAGUGGUUUGCUCUGCAAUAUGACCUCCUUCAGUGUCUGCCCUGUAGAAUGUAUAUGUACUUUUUCACUCUAAGGAUCUUAUGUGGGUAGACCUUGAUUGCACUGAAUGUACAUUGCUGCACAAAUCAUCCCAUAGCUGUGGCAAUCUGUCGGGGAUGGUCCUGGCAAGUUUAAGAUUUUAUCUGUACUGACUCCUGAUACAUCUUCAAAACAGUCGUGUUAGAAAAGCCAUGUAUUUGUAUGGCUGCUUCUUGCAGCUUAGUGGAAAAAUUCUUCAGACCUUUGUCCAGUAAGAAAAAAUAGUGAUGUCCUCUGUACCUGUCGUCAGUGUAUUUUCAGUUACUUUAUUUCUAGGUUUCAAAUGUUUUACUUAAUCUGUGUAUUUCAGACAGAUUACUGAUGUUUAUUAGUUUUCAGCUUCUUAAAUGAAGAAUCAAAAGCUGUAAGCGUUGAAGUAAAAUCUUGAAGUAAGAGGGAGAUGGGUGUGAAGGGUGGACUACAACACCUACAGGCGGUUCUCCCUUUUCAGGAAGGAGGCAAAAAUAGUCAGCAUGGAGCACAGAACAAGGAAUGGAAGACUGGAAUUCUAGACCAAACUCCUACAAUUUUUUUGGCACAGUGAUAUGAAACAUUCUGUUCCUAGGUUUAUUCUUUGAUAAACUGAAGGUAACACUAAUAUCUACCUCACAGGGGUACUGUGAGGGCUAAUUCAGCACUGUUUUAAAUCUGAGACUCCUAUAUGGAAGAUGCUAAAGGAAAUUUAAAAAAAUCAUUAUAAAAUGCAAUGUUUUUAGCUGUUAUGAAUGUCACUUGGCUAGUUUUGAAAACUGCUAUUGCAAAAAAUCUAUUUAUGUAUCUUAAUUUCUUUACCAAGUUAAAUAAAUUAUAUUUAAACAUCA